AUGAGUCGUGUAGCUAAACUAGGAACGGGGUUUUUAUACGAAAGUAAGCAGCACACCAAACUCUCACAUCGAACUAGAUACUGCCAAAACUACACCUUCAGUCAUAAUCUCCUUGCAUCUAACAUGGCCGCAGAGCUCGGCAUUAUAUCCGCUGUGAUCACCUUGGCGGACGCCACAUACAAAAGCUGUAAAGCUCUUCACGAUCUGAUAGAAGGCAUUCGAGACGCCCCAGACGAGCUUUCCUACCUUCGCACCGACAUCAACGAAGUUGGCCGCACGCUCCAGAGUUUUGCAGACUUGAACCAACAGAUAGGCGCCCAUGAGAGCGCGCAAUAUCGAGUUGCACUUGAGCACAGCCUUGUGCAGCUUCGACCGUGCAUCCAGGAGCUUCAAAGCGCUUGCAAUGCGUUCAGUGCCAAGCUGGAUAGAAUCUUCAAGCAUUCCACUGCUAGUCGGAUGAGCAACCGGGACCUUUUUCGCUUUCAAAUCAAAGAGUCGGAAGUUAAGCGGUUUGCAUCACGUUUGAGCACGUUCAAGACCACGGCGACUGUUGCCCUUGGGUUGGCCUCGCUAGCUGCUACCUCAUCAACUGCUCAAGAUGUUAGUAAACUCAGACAGCUUAUUGAAAGCAGUAGCAACAGCCUGCUCCUUCAAGUGAGCGACGUCAAACAAGAGCUCGGACGCAUGGUUGCAUUUGUAAACAGCAAACAGAGUGACGAAGGAGUUGCGGUUAGCGCAGCUCGUCAGGCAGAACUAGACUUUUGGAUAUUGCAAAAGCAGCAGUUGGAAGAUUGCUUAAAGGUUUGCACUAGUGCAGCACGAGGCGUUGAAGUGAAGCAUGCUGAAGUAACUGAUGAGGCAAAACAGUUGAUUGGAAACAUAGGAAAGGUUGAUGUAGAUGCCUAUGCUGUUGAGGUAGAGACAGCAGUAGCAAAGGUACGCUCGAGACAAGUGAUUGGGAAUAUAGACGGCGCUUCUGCUCUCGAGUUCUUAAGAUAA